CUCCCUUUCUCUGUCUCUCUCACACUCAUUUAACCAAGCGACCCAAAUUUCAUCGCGGAAAAUAAUGCAAUUCACAGUUAUAGUUUAUCUACUAGUCGCGUUCGCGACAACGCUGAAAGUGCGCAAAUAAGUUCGUUUUAAUCCUAUUGUCGCCUUUUGUGUGCCACGAAUAUCCUUCGUUAAAUCAAACCAUCAUCAAUCCUCCCUCAACCAUGGCCGUCUAGCUGGAGGAGCAGAACAGCUGUUCGUUCGAAUACACACACACACACGCAUCCGCACACGCCACACACCAACACUAAGUGAGAAGAGAAAAGAUUAGUAGAGUGGAGGAGGAAACCCUAACAAAACCUUAGAGCACUUCGUGGAUUGUGUGGGACAAAGGGUGAGGUCAUUCGACAGCAAAUAGCAAACCAUUAGAAUGCACAAUUGGCUGGCAUCACAUGACGGCGAGGACGAUGCCAUGGCCGCGCCCUCGACGUGCCCCCAGGGAGCGGGAACGCUGCAUGGGAGUGGAAGUCGUCGGAUCUUUGGCGACAUAACCACAAAUCGGCUGUGGACCUUCCGGGUGCUGAUGAACGAGGAUCUGGGGGCCAACGAGCACCUGGCCGUGGUGGGCAACUGUGAGGCCCUGGGCAACUGGCAGCCGGCGGAUGCGGCACUUAUGACGCAGGAGGAGAAUGUGUGGAGCGUGGAGGCUUACAUACCGCGUCACUGUGCCACGGAAUACCGCUAUAUGGUGUGUGCCGUGGAGCCCAGCAGCGAGCAGCCGCUGGUGCGACGCUGGGAGACACAGUUUCAGGCCAGAGCCAUCGAUGAGCUGGAUGAGCAGCCGCCAAAGGAGCAGCUGGAUAUCUUCGGCUCUGUCAACGGUCAGGAGAAGGUCGACCGGGGCUGGCUCACCAGGGAGGCAAUCGUUCAGCUCAAGUUCUUCUACGCUCCGUUCACCUUCAAGCAACGCAUGAAGCGACGCCAUGUCCAGGUGAAGGUGACGCCCAUGAAUCUGCGUAUACCCAGUGCUGGGUGCGAGCCUUCCAGCGGCACGGGUCCGGUGUCGCCGCCGGAGGAUUCCCUUUCGAACGACACGCACGACACCAGGGAUAAUGGCGGGGACUCGUCCACGGCCUUUGCCUUCAGCGAGGUGGUAACCCUGAGUGCCGAUGAGUGCGAGAUUCGUGCCCAGGAGCAGUUUGGCACUGCCUGCGGCCCCAGCGACCUGGUCAUCUUCCACAUAACCGUGGGAGAUCUCGAGAACACGGCCUACCUGAUCGAUCUGUACACGUACAGCUCUCGGGUGGCCAAGGAAGAUGGUCCACCGCACCACUUGGGCUACCACUAUGUGCUGCCCAAUCUGUUCAAGCGUUCCGAGGGAAACCUCGAGAUACCAAUAACGUGUGCCAAGGGCCAUCGGCCCCUUGGCAUGAUGCGGCUGGGCUACCUUAUUGUGCGACCCUCCGCCCUGAGCGCACACAUGGACAUGAGCGUCAGCUAUGCCCGCUACUGGAACAACAAGUGGACGGGCCUGGAUGUGGGCCAUCGCGGCUCCGGCACCAGCUUUAAGGCCAAGGACGCCGUCAUCCGAGAGAACACAAUUACCUCACUGAAGAAUGCCGCCGAGCAUGGCGCCGAUAUGGUAGAGUUCGAUGUGCAGCUCAGCAAGGAUCUGGUGCCUGUUGUCUAUCAUGAUUUCAUGAUUUAUGUCUCGCUCAAGUCCAAGUGUAGCAUGCAGGAGCACGACUUCCUGUCCCUGCCCAUGCGGGAGCUGACACACGAGCAGCUGAAGAAGCUUAAAGUGUAUCACACUGCCGAGGGCUUGUCGCGGGAGACGCGCUCCUUUCACAACGACGAUAUGCUGGAGCACCAGCCCUUCCCACAGCUCUCCGAUGUGCUGGACGCGCUCGAUGUCGAUGUGGGCUUCAACAUUGAGAUCAAGUGGUCGCAGCGCCUGCAGGACGGGCGCAUGGAGGAGGAGUUUGAGCAUGUGGUGGAUAGGAAUCUCUAUAUCGACUGCAUUUUGGAUGUGGUCCUGCGCAAGGGCGGCAAUCGGCGGAUUGUCCUCAGCUGCUUUGAUCCCGACAUCUGCACGAUGCUGCGCUUCAAACAGAAUCGGUACCCAGUAAUGUUUUUGACUCUCGGCAGGACCACCAAGUACGAACAGUAUAUGGAUCCGCGCGGUAACUCCAUGGAGCUGGCCGUCUGGCAUGCGGUGGCCAUGCAGCUGCUCGGAAUUGUCGCCCACACGGAGGACUUGCUGCGUGAUCCCAGCCAGGUGAAUCUCGCCAAGGAGCGCGGCCUGGUGCUCUUCUGCUGGGGCGAUGACAACAAUUCCCAGGAUACCAUCAAGCUGCUAAAGGGACUGGGCCUGCAUGCCAUCAUCUAUGACAAAAUGGACGUUCUUACCACCAAGGAGAAGAAGCAAAGUGUUUUCCACCUCCAGGCCAAGGACAGCCAGAAGGAAAUGCUCAAACAGCAUGCCCUGGAAAUGGGCCAUGUGUGGCACACCUCCGCCAAUGGCAACGAGGAGCAGCAGGCCUAGUUGGCGGAGGGACAGCCGCCUUGAAAGCUUCAGCACCAUUAUUUUAUACUCAUCUAUAUAGAUAUCUAAGCCAGGGAGCACUCCACACACUUUCUUUGAAACUUUAGCUUCUGCUCUGUCUGCGCUCUCUUGCAUCCAUCCAAAGCAUCCAAGCAUCGUUUCAUUUAGCCAAUUGCAUUUGUUUUUUAUAUAUAAAUAGUUGAAUUAAUUUUGUAUUUGAAGGCUGCCUAACCAAAUAUUUAAAUCGGUCACUCUACUAAUAUGGUUAAUUUGUUUGCGAUUGCCAAAGCCACACUCUCUGUACUUCAGUUCUUACGUUCCCACAGAAAAGAAACUCUAUUAAAAAUAUUUUAAAUACUUCAAUAUAAA